AUGAUCGCCCACCCGAAAAUCGACCCGGUCUCUGGCGAACUCUUCUCCCUCUCCUACGACGUCAUCCAAAAACCUUAUCUCAAAUACUUCCACGUCUCGAAAUCCGGCGAGAAGUCUCCCGACGUCGAGAUCCCCACCUCCGACCCCACCAUGAUGCACGACUUCGCGAUAACCGAGAACUUCGUCGUCAUACCCGACCAACAAGUUGUUUUUCGGCUUACCGAGAUGGCCUCCGGCGGGUCCCCCGUCGUUUACGACAAGAGAAAGGUCUCGCGUUUCGGCGUGCUCGGAAGGUACGCACGAGACGCCUCGGAUAUCAAAUGGGUCGACGUGCCUAACUGUUUCUGCUUCCACUUAUGGAACGCGUGGGAAGAGCCCGACUUGGACGAGGUCGUCGUGAUCGGCUCGUGCAUGACCCCGGCCGACUCAAUUUUCAACGAAAGCGACCAAGGGUUGGAGAGCGUCUUGUCCGAAAUCCGACUAAACCUUAAAACCGGGAAAUCCGUGCGGAAACCGAUAUUGUCCGAAGAGGAUCAAGUCAACCUCGAGGCGGGUAUGGUCAACCGGAACAUGCUCGGUCGGAAGACACGGUUCGGGUAUCUCGCUAUAGCCGAACCGUGGCCGAAAGUCUCGGGUUUUGCGAAAGUCGACCUCUCGAUGGGUAAAAUCGAGAAAUACAUUUACGGAGACGAGAAGUACGGUGGGGAGCCAAUGUUCGUACCCACGGGCAAAAGCAACGAGCACGAAGACGAGGGUUAUGUGUUGAUUUUCGUGCACGACGAGAGAAACGGGACUUCGGAGCUUCAAAUCGUGAACGCGAAGACUAUGGAGUGGGAGGCGAGCGUGAAGCUGCCAUCGAGGGUGCCAUACGGUUUUCACGGCACGUUCAUAAAGGCCGAGGAUUUGGCGAAUCAAGCGUGA